GCCCGCUCCACAGGCACCAGCGGGACCAGGAGCGGAGCAGCGCGGCGCGCCUGUCCCGCGUGUCCUGCCCAGCAGGGUCCGAGCGGCUUCCUGGUGUCCAGCCCAGCCGUGCCAGGUGAGGGUCCGAGCGGCUUCCUGGUGUCCAGCCCAGCCGUGCCAGGUAAAAGGACACAGAAAAGAAGAUGGACUGGGGAACUCUGCAGGAAGUUUUAGGAGGUGUAAAUAAGCACUCCACCAGUAUCGGGAAGAUAUGGCUCACAGUCCUCUUCAUCUUCCGUAUCAUGAUCCUGGUUGUGGCUGCAGAGAGAGUCUGGGGAGAUGAACAGGAUGACUUUGUCUGCAACACGCUACAGCCUGGCUGCAGACAAGAUUUUGUCUGCAACACGCUACAGCCUGGCUGCAGAAAUGUUUGUUAUGAUCACUUUUUCCCCAUCUCUCACAUCAGACUCUGGGCCCUGCAGCUGAUCUUUGUCUCCACACCUGCGCUGCUGGUGGCCAUGCAUGUGGCUUACACCAGGCAUGAGAGGAAAAGGCGGUUCAGAAAUGGUGAGAAAAUUGAUAUUGAAGAGCUAAAAAAUGAAAAGAUUCACAUUCGGGGCCCCUUGUGGUGGACAUACACCAGCAGCAUCUUUUUCAGACUGAUCUUUGAAGCUGUCUUCAUGUAUGUGUUCUAUUACAUGUACGAUGGCUACCAGAUGCCCCGCCUGGUGAAGUGUGACGCUUGGCCCUGCCCCAACACCGUGGAUUGUUUUGUGUCUCGGCCCACUGAGAAAACCACUUUUACUAUUUUCAUGCUUGCUGUAUCUGGGAUCUGCAUGGUGUUGAAUCUGGCUGAAUUGUGCUACCUAGUGAUAAAAAUUUGCAUGAGAGGACCCAGGAAAACAACAGUUUUGAAAUAAGUCCCCAGUUUCAGGAUUUACUGGCUCCCAAUUUCCCUUAAACUUUCUUAGGUGUAAGAAAACAAAAAACAAUAUUUUCACACUCAAGGAAAAGGAUAAAAAAUGAACUUUUCUGUUUUAAAACUGAUAGCCUCCCUGGGAAGCUGAUGCUGAGGCAGGUUUGAAAGAUCAUAAGGUUAUUGAGUAUUCCUGCAUCCACAAUUAGAGCAGCCUUCUGGCACCAGCUUCUCCAAGUAUGCUUAUGCUGGGAUUCUAUUGUUGGGACAGUUAACUCUUCAAAUAGUGGGAGUGGAAAGGACCAGAGAAGGCUCUAGUGCUCAGAGGAGAUCCAGGAAUCACAAACACACUAUGUUGGCUCAAAGGCAAAACAGUAUCAAAGGUUUUUGGUUAAAACUGGGAUAAAGGAUUUUUUGGAGCACAUCACAGCUUUUAAAAAGCAGGAAGACAGGGAGGUGAUUGUGUUUAUACUGUGUGUCCUCUCUAAGUUAUCUGAAGAGCAAGAAAAUGGUGUAGGAUCACAGAUACUAUGGCAGUGCAUGCUAUCAGCUUUGCUGGGCACCAGUACGUUUUUUUCUUCUCAUCUUCUUGCCUGCACUGAGAAGCAUUUCCUUAAGCAUCGGGGUGGCCAGUCUCAACUGCCUGUGAGUGCUAUUAGGGCAAUGCUGCCUCCCCAUAGUCACAGAGACUACAGCAGGGGGAGGAAUGAAAUUAAUUUUUCAUUCUCUUGAUCAGAUGAAAAAAGGAAUGUCACCUCUGAAAGGUUGGAGGCUGUGCAACUGUCUUCCUCCUCUUGUUCUCACCCAAUAUGUUGUGAAGAACCUCAGUAUAGUGAUGAAGAGGUGUUUUACCACCUGACUGUGCCUUGCUCAUUGUAUGCUUUAAAAACUUUUCUUUUUCAAUAAAAAAACAAUUAAAAAUGCUUUUUCAUUCUGCUGGUUAUCCAAAAGAAGUGCUUCAACUUACAGCAUGCUAUCUAGUGCUCCUUCCAUUGCUCCUUUUUUUCUAUCUAGCCUGCACUGCUUUUCUUCAUAAAACCUUCUCCCUGUCUGAGGUGCCUUUCAAAUGUGUUGAGCAAACCACUCCCAGUCUGUCUGACAUUCCACAUUGUGAGAUUAAAUCACCAUUCCUUUUCUUAGAGUUGGUCUAGCAGGAAUUACAGACAGCUUGCAGAGCUAAAGUAGCAAAGGGACCCAAUCACAAAUGAGGAGGAACUUGAUAUUUUUCUUGAUGUUCACACUGCUGUGCUGUAAAUUGUAUAUUACUAAUUUGAAGUACUAUAUGAGUCAGUCUGGUCUUGUCUCAAAGUAGUCUCAAAAGGUGUUUUAUGCCUGUAAUGAGCAACAUAUGGCACUUAGGGCAAUGCAGUUUAUCUCCCAAUUUAUGCCCAUUGAACCCACUAAUAGAAAGCUGUCUGUUUCUCCUCCUUAGCUUUAAUAACUGUUUUUUCCACAAAAUGAAUGAGCACUGUCUCAGCUUCUAUUUGCAUUCAUCUUUUACUGUACAUUUAAAUGUUGGAGUGACCAAAGCUGCACGAAUUAGGACCCAUGACUCUUCAAUGUGCACUGGAAGUGGAGCAUAAACAGGCUUCUCUUGCUUGUGAGCUACAUCCAAUGCUACAACUUGACUACAGAUGGAAAUCUGUCAUCUAAGAGGGAAGCAAGAAAACCAUAAAAACACCAUCCCCAGAACCAUGAAAAAAAUAAAAAAAGAAGGUCAUUCAUAAUGAGCUGGACUGGAAACUAGGACUGUGAAAACAUCCUUAAUUCAACUCCAAAGAACACAGUUUUGGGACAUAUCAGGUUUGUGCUUGAUAGAGUUCCUGCAUUGUUCCAUGUACAAAGAAAGCAAACUAGUCCCAGUAUUCUAGUAUUACAUUUCUUUUGUAACAAGAUUUUUUUUUC